UCUAUCCACGCCCGGCGGUAGCGGCUCAUGUCCUCUAUUGAAAUUUGAAAUAUAAUUUAAUAAAAAGUUUAAUGUUAAUCACGAAAACAUGGACACCAGAAAGCUGACGGAAAUACUGCGCGCUACCAUUGACCCAAAUCAGAGACAGCAAGCAGAAGAACAGCUCUCUCAGAUUCACAAAAUAAUUGGAUUUGCACCUACAUUACUACAAGGUGUUAUGCUACAUGAGGUGUCAAUACCAGUACGUCAAGCUGGAGUUGUUUACUUAAAGAACAUGAUAACAUCUGGAUGGCAAGAGAAGGAAGCAGAGGAUGGGGAGCCAAUACCAUUUAGCAUUCAUGAACAAGAUCGUGCAAUGAUCAGAGAUAUGAUAGUGGAUGCUAUUGUCCAGGCACCUGAUAUUAUAAGAGUACAACUGUGUGUUUGUCUCAAGACCAUAAUAAAAAAUGAUUUCCCAUCACGAUGGACUCAAAUUGUUGACAAAAUACACAUAUAUUUACAAAACCAUGAGCCAAAUAGUUGGAUGGGAGCUCUACUAUGUCUAUAUCAGCUUAUCAAAAGCUAUGAAUAUCAUACAGCUGAGAAAAGGGUUCCACUCAUUGAAGCCAUGAACUUGUUAUUACCGAUGAUGUAUAAUCUUAUUGUGAAUCUCCAAGCUGACCAAUCUAUGGAAUCUGUUCUGAUACAGAAACAAAUACUCAAAUGCUUUUAUGGCUUAAUAAAAUACAUUUUGCCAUUGGACCUGAUCACUAAGGAAAUUUUCACCAAAUGGAUGGAAGUCCUGAGGUCAGUAAUGGAGCAGCCUGUACCAGAUAGCACUCUUGAAGUUGAUGAUGAUGAACGUAUGGAACUGCCCUGGUGGAAAUGCAAAAAAUGGGCUGUACAUACUUUAUACCGUUUAUUUGAGAGGUAUGGAAGCCCAGUUAAUGCACGUGAUGAAUAUGCCCAGUUUGCUGAAUGGUACUUAACUACAUUCACAGGAGGAAUUUUAGAGGUUUUGCUCCGAGUACUGGAUCAAUACAGGAACAAAGUUUAUGUAUCACCAAGGGUAUUGCAGCAAACUAUCAGUUACAUAGAUCAGUGUGUGAGCCAUGCACAUUCCUGGAAGUUAUUGAAGCCACACAUGUUUGCAAUCAUUCAAGAUGUUCUAUUUCCACUUAUGUCUUACUCAGAGGCUGAUGAAGAGCUUUGGUUCACUGACCCUCAUGAGUACAUACGUAUUAAAUUUGAUAUAUUUGAAGAUUUUGUGUCACCUGUAACAGCAGCACAGACAUUACUCAUAUCUUGUUGUAAAAAAAGAAAAGAUAUGUUGGAGAGAACAAUGCAUCUCUGCAUGCAAGUUUUAACGAGUCAAAGUGGGGAAUAUGGACCAAGGCAAAGAGAUGGAGCCUUACAUAUGGUUGGAACACUAAAUGACAUCCUCAUUAAGAAAAAAUUCUAUAAAGAAGAAAUUGACUCUCUCCUUAGUCAAUAUGUCUUUCCUGAAUUCCACAGUCAGCUAGGUUAUAUGAGAGCUAGGGCUUGCUGGGUACUACAUUGUUUUGCUAGUGUUCGGUUCAAGAGUGAACCGCUUUUGAUUGAGGCUGUCCGAUACACUGUCAAUGCACUACUUAAUGAUGCAGAGCUACCAGUUAAGGUAGAAGCAGCUAUUGCCCUCCAAAUGCUCUUAACAUCCCAAGAGAAAGUGCACAAAUUACUAGAACCUCAAGUUAAGGCUGUCACAACAGAAUUGCUACAGGUUAUCAGAGAAACUGAAAAUGAUAACAUAGCAAAUGUCCUCCAAAAGAUUGUACCACUAUACACAGAGCAGUUGAUGCCUAUGGCCUAUGAAAUUACAGAUCAUUUAGCAACAACCUUUAGCAAAGUUAUUGAAACAGAUUCUGGAACAGAUGAAAAGGCAAUCACAGCUAUGGGUCUUCUAAACACAAUGCAAACAGUACUAAAUGUAAUGGAAGAUAAUCCUGAAAUAAUGGCACAAUUAGAAAAGACAGUCUUACGAGUCGUUGGACAUAUUCUACAUCACAAUAUUAUAGAAUACUAUGAAGAAGCAAUGACAUUAUUGUGCAAUUUGACUGCAAAAACAAUAUCAGAAGACAUGUGGAAAGUGUUGGAGAUGUUGUAUCAAGUUUUCGAAAAAGAGGGUUUCGACUACUUCACAGACAUGAUGCCAGUACUUCACAAUUACAUCACUGUUGAUACUAAUGCAUUCCUGUCCAAUGAGAAUCACAUACUUGCUAUGUUUAAUAUGGUCAAAGCGGUGCUUAACUCAGACGCUGAAGAUGAAUCAGAGGUAUAUGCAGCAAAACUUCUUGAAGUUAUAGUUCUUCAAUGUUCUGGAAAGAUAGACCAUUGUCUUCCAUCAUUUGUGGAACUAGUUUUGAGCAGACUUACUAGAAAAGUCAAGACAUCUGAACUUAGAACUAUGUUACUACAGGUACUGAUAGCCAUCCUGUACUGCAAUCCACAUCUGCUGUUCACCAUUCUUAAUAAACUUCAAGAGUCUGUUCCUAAUGCGUCUAUCACACAACACUUUAUUAAACAGUGGAUACAUGACACAGACUGCUUCAUGGGGCUCCACGAUAGGAAGCUAUGUGUGCUCGGUAUCUGCACUCUACUCGAAAUGGGACCACAAAGACCUAACCUUGAUGAAAUUUUGCCUAAAAUUCUUCCAUCAUGUUUGGUACUAUUUGAUGGCUUAAAACGCGCAUACGAAGCCAGAGCCGAGGCUGACGAAGACACAUCUUCAGAAGAAGAUGAUGGAGAUGAAGAUGAAGAGGUGCUUUCUAGUGAUGAUGAUGAUAUCGAUCAAAUGAACAAUGAAUAUUUGGAAAAUCUCGCAAGACAAGCGACAAAAAAUAGUGCACAACAAGGCAUCAAUCUUACUGCCAAGAUUGAAGAAUACGAAAGUGACGAUGAUGACGACGAUUUUGAACCAGACGAGACUGCUAUCGAGUGUUACACGACGCCACUCGACGAAAAAGAUUGCAUUGUUGAUGAAUAUAUCAAAUUUAAAAUCACACUGUCAGCUUUAUCAACCAGUGAACCAGCACUUUAUCAUGCACUGACCAGUGUUUUGACUGAGGAGCAACAGAAACAGUUGAACACUGUCUUUGUAUUAGCUGAUCAGCGUAAAGCCCAACAAGACAGCAGACGCAUUGAACAAAGUGGUGGUUAUUCAUUUACUGUUCCUGCACAAGUACCUACUACAUUCAAGUUUGGUUCAUAAAUUAUUUUAAAUAAUAUAUCAAUGCAUUAUUUAAAUCAUUUCGUGGAAAUAAACUGUAGAUCAUUAAUGAUAUUAGUAAACCCACACACACUCUAGUUACUUUAAAAUCUAUUUCAAAGUAAAUAAUGUUAAGUUAUUAUAAAGGCCAUUAAUGACCUACAUCCGGUGACAUAAGUCUAUGUUAUAGUCUAUUAGCGUAUAGAAUGCAGUUAAAAUUAGUUAGGGAGCUGGCUUUGUAUGAUUUCUCUGUGUUCAUUGAAAUGGCUUUUGUAUUAAUGAAUUAAAAGUCGCAUUUGUUUUAUUUUGUUUGUCACUUCUAAAAUACUUUAAAGGUUCUAUAGGUAACGAAUUUACAGAAAGUAAUUAUGAAGAUUGUUUCUUUUUUUAUUAUUAUUAUAAUUAUAAAAUAUGCAAAAGUAUAUGUAAUUAUUUUUUUUUUCGUCAUCAUCCUUAAUAUAUUCUUCUUUAUACUUUAUAUCAUGGACUUUCGUUAUAUUAAAACGAAGUAUCGAAAUGUGAUUUUUUUAUCACAAUUCAGCUGCUUUACAUUAAAAAAAGACAGAUGCGAUUAUAAUAUUAUUUGUAGCACUUAUGCUGGAAUGGUAGAUUUUAUAAAAAAAAACUAUCGAAACAUUGAAUUUCAGAACAUAGCUUACGAUACUGAAUACUGUUCAAAUUAUUUCUAUGUCUUUUAAAAUCUAAAUUAUAUCGGGUUUUGUACACCAUGUCAGGUAGCGAUAAACUAAAUUAGUGUAUAACUUGGUAAUUACUGAUGCUAUUUAUACUGUUCCAUAAACUUGUACAUAGUAUACUGCGUCCAAAUCCCUAGCUAUAUAAAACGCAAUUGGAAUAUAUAAAUGUCAUCAAACGAAAUGAAAUUAUAAUAAUUUUUUAAAUUAAUUCUUAACUUACAUUUUUGUUAGACUAUGAUUUAUAAUAAAGUCAUUUAGAAACAUUGCAACAAAUAUUUAGAGAAAUGUAUUGCUAUGUAUUAACACAAUAUAAUGCAAUACCUUUAAAUUUUUCUACUACUUUAUAUGUAUUAGUUUUGAUAUAUUUCUAAAAAUGUAUAUAUAGAAACUACAUCAAUAAUUAUUUGACUUGUUUUUACGAGUAAUGAAUUAACGCAAUAUAUUUGAAAUUUAAUUGAUCACUCUUUGAAGCUAUAGCAUUCUUAAUGCAAAUAGACUAUAGAACAUUAUUAAAGAUUAUGAAUAAUUCUAGGAACAGACGAUUUUUUUUUUAUAUCCAUUGGUUUUUAUACCUACGGGCUUUUGUUUAAAUCGCUUUGUUCUUAGGCUUGUACUGUACCGAUUUUGAUAACGUCUCCAUUAAGAGUUUGCUUUGAAAUAUACAAACAUUGUAUAACACUAGACAACUUUCAAAGCACUUGGACUUCCCUAAAUUCUUUAUAAAUUAAAAAUAAAUAGUAUUAUUUAAAAUAAUGUAAUAUUUACUGAAUUGUGAAAUCUCUGACAAUACGUUUUUAUUGAUUCGAAUCGCACUUAUUAAAUUUAUAUCGACAAAAUUAUGAAUAAUAGAGGUUUUUGUUAUGUUAUAGGUAUGUAUUUAUAAACAGUUGUUACCUAAAAUCUAUGAGUAAACUGUCUUCCACGUGGUUGAAGUUGCAUGCAACAUCUAGUCGUUUAUAUAUUUCUAUGAGUAUGUUAAUAUAUUUAGGCCUAAAUUCCAUGGAACCUAAACUUACUCCUGCUAGUUUAACUAAUAGUAAAGAUAAACAGAUUGAAAACUAAAAUAACCUUUCUAAAAAUAACUCGGUUUGAUGCUGUGUGCUAGGUAAUAUUUUGAGAAACACUAAAUUUUAUAAAAAAAUUUUUGGUGACUUUUCAUAUUAUAUAUUUUCAAUAUACAAUUGAUUAUUUAAUAUUUUUAAAUAACAAGUUAGGACUUAUAAUAACAGCAAUAAAUAAUGCAAUAAGUAUUUAUAAAAGAAGCAAUUAAAUUGAAAAGGAAUUGAUACACAUAAACUUGUUUAUAUAAAAAGAACAUUUUUGAUCCUUAUUUUGAUAGUUUAUAGUAACAAUGAGGCAUUAUCCAAGUUUAUAUUUUUCAGCAUUAUAAUGACAUCGAAAGUUUUUACACAAACUUUUUUUUAUCUAUAGGGAAGGUUCCAAGACAGUACGACGACGACUAUCUCUAUGUCCAAAGACCAUUUGUUAAAUUAUAAAUAAUUAAAUACACAGUAAUAACAAUGCAAUGUAAUUUAUUUUUUUUUACUUGAAGAGCGACUAUAUUUUAAUAAAUUGGGCAGUAGGUUCUCUUGUAAACUGAAUACUGGAUACUAAUUGCAUGUCUAAUUUUUAGUCACUUAUAUAUUUACGAUAUUAUAUUCAAUAUUUGUGACGUUUAAUUAUGUGCUUUUAUGUUUGUUUAUUUCUAUUAUACAAAAUAUAAACCAAGCAUGAGUACAUAGAUUAUAAUAAGUGUGAAAAUCAAAAAUCUUGUGUUGUUAUAUGAAUUUAAAGUUUCUUACUGUUUGUGGUGUAAAUCUAUACAUAAGUAUAAAAAAAAAUCAAAGGAACGAACUGGUUUUAUAUAUUUAUGCGUAUUUAAUAUGUAAUAACAGAAACGCUAUAAAAGAAGCAUUUUCCAGGCGUAAAGAAAAAUGAAAAAAAAAAUAUUAAGUUUGAAUAAUUUAUAAAAGUUGACAUUUUAUAAUGGGAAGUUGUGACUUUUUUUAUUAAAAUAAGGUAAACAUAUUUUCAUGAAAUUCAUAAUCACAAAUCGUUUAAUUUUGCUGUAGGUGCUUCAUGUUGUAGAAAAUAUAAUGCGCAUAUAAUAAUAAUGUGCUACCAAAUUCCUAAUUAUUAGGAUUUCUAAAUGUGUGUGUUUUAGCAUUAAUCAACUCUCUAUAGUAGACGUACUCUUAAUGAGGAUGUGAGUAUAAUAUUCUUACCUGUACUGGUAUCUUUUGUUUCACAUCAUUUAUAUUUCGCCAAAUUGUUAGUCGAGAUUGUAAAGAAAAUCCUCAUCCAUGUAAUGGUAUAUUCUCUAGCGAAAUGAUUUCAUCAUGUAUUUUCGUGUGAUAAUUCGAGUCCCUAAUUUUAAGAUAUCUGUUGCUUGACUUUUGUUUUCAUUUUACGUUAUUUAUCAUUACAUAAGUAUAUAAAUUACACUGCUUAAAAAAACUGCUGAAAAUUGCUAAGAAUAUCCGUUGAUUAAUGUGAACCCUUAUGUUUCUCGGUUUUGCAUUUUUUUUUUCACGAUCUGAAUAUACUUGUGAUUUAUGAAACUGUAAAUUGUCUAAUAUAAACUUCAAUAAACUGCUUUGACGUAUAAAA